AUGAAAUUAUUUUUUUCGGGCUCUCCAACUGAGUCUGGGCUUUCUUCUGUGAGUUGGACUCCUUUUGCAGAUCGGAUUCUCAAUUGGUGUAGGCUUCUGACUGUUGUUGGAGUUGGAUUCCCAGUAGGAAAGAGCUUGAGAUUCCUUCUUGACCCGGGUUGUCCAACUUGUAUAAAUACAGGGCUUCUCUUCACUCUUUCUUACAUCGCAAACUUAACUUCUCUACUUUCUAGCUUGAGAAAGAUCUUGGAGAAUUUUGUACUGCUUGUCGAAGAGAGGAGUUGCCGUGCAUCCCAAAGCGAGGACCAGUUGGGUGGGACCAGGUUGGUUGUCAUCGUUACUGGCAGCCAAAGACGAUUGGAGCGGCGGUGGCUGCUGGUGGCUGCUGAGCAACGAUUAGGAGGAAGUUGGUGGACUGCCCCUGCUAAGGAUGUCAAUAGAUGGAAGCAGGAUGGUCCGAGCCUUAAUGAUCUGCCUGCUGGACAUGAGGAUAAAGUAGUCCGUGCACGAUCUAGCUCACUUGUUGAGAGGCAAAGAGAUGCGGAUGCUCCUUUUCGAAAUUCGAGUCUCAAGCAUGGAGUUGAUUCGACGUCGCAAAUUCCUUUGGAAGUGAGGUUGGCGGAGGCUAGGAAAGCAAGAGAGUCAUCUGCCCGGACAAAAGGUUCUUCUGUAACGUCAGCGACUGAUCCAAAGGUGGACAAAUCUAGCCCUGCAGGGGAUGCAGGCGUGUCUGAUCUGCUAAAGACGCAAUUUCUAUCAAGUCCAUCCUCUUGUGCUGAGCUGGUUGACCAAAUCCGUCAGGCUGGCGAUCUUGGUACUUUUUCAAGUCUUUCCUUGGAAAAGCAAAAGGAAGCGACACUUCAUCUGCUUCAAAAGGGAAUAGUUUUUGCUGCUGAGACCAUUCGGAACUCGUCUGCUGUUGCCCCAUCUUCUGUUCAGCUCAGCGAGUUGGAGAAGAAGAAUGCCGAGUUAGUUAGCAAACUUUCCGCCGAGCAGACCCGUUAUGAGAAGAAGACGUCUGAUUUGCGGGCGAUGAUAUCUGAGUUGAAGAGCUCCCUUGCUGAGAAGGAUUCCGAGCUUAACUCUUCUGCUGCUGACUUGGCAAGUCGAAAAGAUGCUUAUUUCCACCUUGAGCGCAAGAAUGCCGACAUCUCUCAUAGCUAUGACAAGCUUUUAGCUAGACUUCACGCCUACCAUGAGUCUGCUGAGGAAUCCAAGUCCGAAGUUGCCAUGGACGCGUACAAGUUGGGCUACCUGGACUGCACAAGAGGAUAUGAUCCCUUCUACGCCAUUGGAGAUGAAGACAUCGAGAUGCUCUAUCCAGACUUGCCCCCUGCGCAAAGUGAGAAGGCUAAUGCUGUGAACAUCGAAGGAGCUGAAGAGCAGGUGACUAAAGAGGCGAUAGCUGAGGAGGAUGGAGCAGAGGAGGAUGCAGCCGAUGAGGUGGUGGCAGACGUCAUAGAUCAGGCAUGUGGAGCUGCUGAAAGCGUGGCUGUUCAGGCGGACGCUGAAGAGGUUGUAGAUCAGGGAUCUCCUGCUUGCGCUUCGGAGUAG